ACCUGUUCACUCUCUCUCGCGCACACACACUCCCUACUUCCAGUAAGGGGCAGAGGCAGAGGCAGAGGCAACAUAGAUUCCGAUCUCUCUGCCCCCACCUCCCUCCUCCUCUAUCUCCUUCCCACCCGGUAGGCCUCUCUCUCUUCCCCCGCAAGUAGUCGAAAUUGUGUGAUGGGAGAGAGAAUUCCUCCUGGGAGUUACUUCCAGUAUCCCCCUCCCGGCGUCCCUGCAUCUCCACACAGGUCUCCGCUUCCUUCUGGAGAUCGAGAAAGAUAUUUGGCUGAACUGCUAGCAGAGAAGCAAAAGUUGGGACCAUUUGUGCAGGUUUUGCCGCUAUGUAGCAGACUUCUAAGUCAUGAGAUCAGAAGGGUGUCGGGCUUCAAUCAAACUCGUGCAGAUCAUGAAAUACUUGAGCGUGAAAGUCCAUACAGAUCAUUAGGUCAACACACAAAUGGUAGACCAAUGGAUUUGGAGGGAUGGUCAGGAAUGCAAAUGGAGGAAAAUGGACAUAUCCAACGGAUGGUUCCGUUUCAAUCUCCUUCGAUGGUUUGGCCUGGGGUGCAAGGAAUUCCAACCACUCCUAUUGUAAAGAGAGUUAUUAGACUUGAUGUUCCGGUGGACAAAUAUCCACAUUACAAUUUCGUAGGCCGAAUUUUGGGACCACGUGGGAACUCCCUAAAAAGAGUUGAAGCCAUGACAGAAUGUAGGGUGUAUAUCCGAGGAAAGGGUUCUGUGAAGGAUUCGGUAAAGGAAGAGAAAUUAAAAGAAAAGCCUGGAUAUGAACAUCUUAAUGAGCCGUUGCAUGUGUUGGUGGAGGCUGAAUUUCCUGAAGAUAUAAUCAAUGCUCGCUUGGACUAUGCAGUGGCUAUGCUAGAGAACCUUCUCAAGCCUGUGGAUGAGUCUUUCGAUCACUAUAAGAAGCAACAGCUGAGGGAAUUAGCUAUGCUUAAUGGUACAUUGAGGGAAGAGAGCCCAAGUAUGAGCCCAAGUCUAAGCCCAAGCAUGUCACCCUUUAAUAGUACAGGAAUGAAACGUGCCAAGACAGGAAAAUAGGUCAUAUGCAUAUGCUGAUGAUGAAACAUGUUUAAUCACUGAAACCUUAGCAUAUGACUCAUUGAAGAUCAUACGGCAUCUCCAUAAUGUUGACUGUGAUGACAAAACGGUUGAAUUGCUUAUGGACACUUUGACGUCUCAGAUGGGUCAACUGGCCCUUUAGUUCCGGGCAAUAUGCUUCUACAUCCAGUAUGAUAUUCUUUUAUGCGCUAUCCCUUAGAACAUGGAACACAUUAUUCUUUAGCUAUUGCAGCUUAGCCCCUAACUUAUAGGCACUCAUUUAGUGGUUUAUGAUUCGCCAGUUCCUUGUACGUGCAGAAUCCUGCACAAAUGCUUAUAUGCUCACGCUCAAAAUAUUAUUGAAGUUUCAAAUAGAUUUGUUUUAUUGGGGUUGCCA